UGAUAUCAGAGCCUGUUGUUUGUUUUGUGACAGCGAUAAAACCCAGCUCCUCAACGCGUUUGUUAGGUAGUAGGAAGCAAGUUAGAAGCCAUGGCAGAUGUCUUGAGUAUGUCGCUCGAUGACAUCAUCAACAAGAACAAGUCAAAAACGGGAGGUAAUGUAAGAGCCAAGGACAGCGAUGGUAGCAAGCGAGGCCGUGAUGAGCGCAAGAAUGGCAGGAAAACGGCAAAGGCGGGCACAAGGGGAGAGGGCAGGACACUUCCCAUUGACAGCCUCCGAGUUGUGGUGAAGAUCUCUGGCGUCAGCAAGGCUGGUGGAUCACGGAUCGGUCGGGGACAGGGCCCGAGGAAAGCGAUGCCAACACGGGAACCUAAGGCUCCUGUAGACCCUGAAGUCUUGGAUGGCAACAAGAAGUGGAGGCACGAUCUAUAUGAUGACCUUGAGCAGGGGCCGCCAAGGCGGAACCUGCAGCAUCGCAUGCGUGGCCCAGCUGAUGGCUUCAGAUUAAUGGUGACGAACCUGGCAGACGGAGUCACAGAUGAUGACAUCAAAGAGCUCUUCGAGAGCUGUGGGAAGGUGAAGUAUGCAGGCAUCCACUGGGACAGAAGUGGACGCUCCACUGGCGAAGCAGAGGUGGUGUAUGAGAACAAGGCGGAUGCGCUCAAGGCCAAGAGCCAGUUUGACAACGUGGCACUGGACGGCCAGGCGAUGAGCAUUGAGUUGUUCCAGAGCCAGGGUGGCGAGCGGGUGCUGGCCAGCGGCAUCAGGGUGGGUGCUGGUGGAGCAGAGGACGGCGCGGGCAUGCGCAGCAACGUGGCCUUCACACGCUCCUUCCAGAGAGCUGCCUCCGGGGCCAUGGGGGCCCCUCGCGGCCGGCGCGUAGGCCGCGGCGGCGGCGGUGGCUUCCGCAGCGGCGGCGCCGGUCGCGGAGCAAGUAUUCAAGGUAUUGCGAAGCAGCUAGGCAGUCUCAUCAGCUUCCACUCGACCUUCAAGGAGGUGGACGCUCUAAAGGGGAUUUGCAGCAAGACGGUGGCGAUUCCAGACAGCGAGGCAGGCCCAUGCGAGGCAGACAGGAGGCUGCUUUCUCUGCUGGCAGAGCUGCUAUUCCUGGAGAAUUCUCGGCCGGUGCACCGUCAGCUGCUCUCCGGCUUGCAGCGCCUCCCGUCAAACCGCUUCGCUGCGAUCCAAGACGCCAUACUUGACAAGGUGUUGGCUGUUGUCAGCGAUUACAAUGCCAGGAAGCUGACGAACGGUGCUACACCUGCGAGCACUCCUGCAUCAGCGCAGAGCGAAGUGCAGUUGCCCCGCGCCAUUCUGGCCGACACAAUGUUCUCACUGCUGGAGUACAAGCCCAUGAGCGCAAAGCUCAGGAGGGUGUGCACGGGGGCGCUAGCUGUCCUGGCAGCUGGCAUCCUGGACGUGCUGGAAGCAGCAAGCACUGGACUGCGCAUAAUGCAGUCCUCAGCAGAGGAGGUGCAAGAUGCUGUGUCCGGCAUGUACGCCAUCUUGCAGAUGCACGGGGGGUACAUCGCUGGGGAGGCAGGGCCCAAGGGGCGCGAAGCCGUUGCUGCAGCAGCCCAGGCCAUGCUGCUGCUCUUGCAGACUCCCCAUGUGGUGGCGCGGGAGGCGCUGUCAUCAGCGGCCGUGCUGCUGGGCAGCGCAUGCUUGCUCCCUGCAGUCCCGCCUGCCGCACUCGCCGCACGAAUUGCAGCAGGCCUGUGGCAGCCUGAGGGCGCACUGACAGACAAGAGAAUAAACUCUUCUGGAGCAGACAGCUGUCAACAGGAUGGCAGCGUGCCGUCCAAGGAGACAGGGAUAGCAGAGGCAGCUCUGAGGGCGCGGGGGACUCCACUUGCAGCUGAGCUCAGCCGGCUCGGCCCCCUCAGCAGAGUGUGCGCCCUCAAGGGCUGGCUUUCUAUGCUCCCACGGAUGCUGCACGGUCUCACCGAGCGGCCUCCAGAGCAACAGACAGCCAAACACAGUUAUCGAACAUUCAAAGAGCCUCUCCAACAGACGGUGAGGCAGAUACAUUCAGCGUUUGAUGCGCUGCUGGACAUUGAGGAGGUGCAACAGGAGCAGGCUGCUGCGCUGGGCCUGUCCGCCCAGGCAGGGGCAGCCACCCAGGCCUUCCUCGAGGACACCGCCCGCGAAAUCAUGAACGCCGGCGGACACCGCAAGGGCAAGUACAUUCCCCUGAGGGCGCUGACAUCGCGGCUGGGAGCGACGCGGCUGCUAUUGCUGCAGCCGGCGCUCAUCCGCAACACGGUCAACGCCAUGGCUGGUGACGCUGUCUGCCCGGCAGCCGCCGGCCUCCUGGAAGCCGUUCUGGGCAGCCUGCGCCACGAGUGUCUCGCUAGAUCAGGCAGCCAGGAUGAAGCGAUGGGACAGUGGAGGGACGCCUGGCUUCCUGCAGUGCUGGGAGCGCUGACGUCAGCGAACGAGCGGCUGCAGACGAACGUGUCGGUGUAUGGCCUGCCGGUGCCGCUCUGCAUGGACUCUGGCAGCCUUGUGGUGCUGCUGCAGCGCAUCCUGGACCCUGCUUUCGCCACCCCUGCUCCUGGCGCCUCUCCGGACGGCCAGGUGGCGGCGCUGGUAGCUGUGCUGAAGGUGGCGCGGCAGCUGCAGCUGGUGCGCGAGCUGGACGCGGUGCAGGUGCCCGGCCACGCGGCGCUGCCCAUUCCGGAGGCCCUGCUGCAGCGCGCCAUCGGCCACGCGCACGAGGGCCUCCUCGUCGACGCGAUGACCCUCGCCUGCGUGCACCCCAAAACCACCGCCAUGCCGGGUCCGCUGGAGCUGCGGCUGGUGGCGAGGGGCCUGCUGCUGGGCAUGCGCUGCGUGUCAACGUCGCUGCGAAACAAAUGGACCACGCUCGUGGGCAAGCUGCUGCGGCGCGUGGCGACCAGCACGCACGGCGUCCUGCACCGCUGGGCCUCGCGCCCUGACGCCCCCGGCAACGCCGACCCGGCCGACCGCGCGCACGACCUCGCAGGGCUGAGGCAGCAGGCGGCGUUCACGCGGUGGGUGAGCCGCGCGCUGCAGGGCUCGCUGUACCCGGGGGCGCCCUUCGAGCGCAAGUUCCUGGCCAUGCUGCUGCUCAACACGCUGUUGGCCGUGUGGAACACCCCAGACAAGGCCGUGCGCUGUUCCUCCCCGGGCAUCGGGCAGCAGAACGACGGCUCUCUGGCCGACCUCCUGCGCACGGCCGAUGCCCAGGGCGUCCACCUGCUCUGCCCAGGCUUCCUUGGGCCCAAGACCGUGCUGCUGGGGUCGGUGGUGGACAGCUGGGACAAGCUGCGCGAGACGGCCACCGAGGCGCUCAUGGCGUUGCCGGCGCCGCUGCCGGGCCUCGAGGCGCCCGCGCAGGUGGCCGCGCUGCUGCAGUGGGCGCGCAAGCUCGUCGCCAGCCCGCGCGUGCGCGAGAGCGAUGCCGGCGCGCGGCUGCAGAGCCUGGUAUUCCGCAAGUACGUGCUGCAGCUGCGGUGGAGGGUGCAGGUCAGGCCGGACGGUUCGGCCGCGGUGGACAACCAGCGGCAGCUCUCGGAGGCUGACGCAGAGGAGGAGUCUUUCCAGGCCGCCCUGGCGCACCUGCAGAGCCUUGCCGACUGCUUGGAGGCGGAUGUGGUGGAAUCGGAGGAGGACUUUGCUGCGGCGUGCCGGCACAGCCUGGCGCACGGCAACCUGCUGUCGCUGCGCUACCUGGUACCAGACAUCCCCUGGCAGGCAGCCAAGGCGCACCCUCCGCGGCUGCGCCAGAUGCAGGCCUGGAUCGCUCGCGUGCUCUCCCUGCUUCUGCGCGCGGCCGAGACCGCCCAGCACCCACUGUCCACACCCCAGGAGACCAUGGCCAUCAGCGCCAUGGACGUGGACGGGUCGGACAUGAACUUCGAGGACCUGGAGGAUGACUCAGACGGCGAGGACAGCAACAAUGAUGCCCAGCUGGCACCUCGAGCACAGGUGAUAGUGACGGGCUGCUGGCUGACGCUGAAGGAGGUGGCGUUGCUGCUGGGCUGCCUGGCGCGGGAGGCUCCUCUGUCACGUGACGAGGCGCCGGAGUCGUCGUUCUUUGAAGCGGUGCAGCUGGGCGGAAUGGGCGAGCGCCUCAUACACUGCAUGGGCGUCAUCAAGCACAAUGGCGCCGUCGAGAAGGCACAGGCUGGCUUCAUCGCGCUGUCAGAAAGGCUGCUGCGGGAGCCGGCCCCGGCGUUGAACAGGCUGCCGGGGCGGUGGCUGGUGGCGCUGCUGGAGCGCGUGGGAGCGCCCGGCCAGGGACGCGACGACAUCGUGCGCCGCUCCGGAGGCCUGCCCUUUGCCUUUGUCGCCCUCUUCCUCGCAGAGCCCAUCGGCUCCCACAAGACGCUGCUGCACACGGGCAUGACAGAGCUGCUGCGCACUGCGAAUGCCACUUCCUUGCCGGAGCCGUGGCCACGCGUGCACGCCUUCAACGUCCUGCGCCUGGCCUUCAACGACAAGAAUCUGGCCACCGACUCCUCUGGCUUCUUCGCUGAAGGCGUCGCAGCGGCGAUUGGCGGCAUGAGUGCCAGUGAGUGGGAGAUCCGCAACUCGGCCUCCCUUACAUUCACAUCCCUGGUCGUCCGCACUGUGGGCUUCAAAAACGUCCUCAAGGGUGAGGCGCCAAAGAGGGCUAUCACAGGGGCGGAGUUCUUCCAUCGCUUCCCGCUGCUGCACUCCUACCUGCUGGACCAGCUCAAGGCUGCAGCCGCUGCCAUGCAGUCUCCCGCUGCGAAGCUGCACCCCUCGCUCUACCCCAUUCUUAUGGAUUUGCUGACGCCGGCAGCCUUCGCCCCAGUGGUGAAGGCGUUUGCAUCGGCGCGGCCGCUGGCUGUUCGACACCUGGCGGCGCGCGCACUCGCUCCCCUAAUUGCCCCUGAGGAACUCUGCACAACACUGAUGGAGCUGCUGGAUGGUGUCCCCUGUCAGGCACCCAUUGCAAACCACAACGAGGUGCAUGGCCGCCUACUGCAGACGCGGCUGCUGCUGGAGAGGAACCCAGCCUCUGCAACAGCCACUGAGCGUGAUGACCUCAUCAACCAGACAGCAGCGGCCCUGGCAGCUCGGCGGCAGCUGAUGCGCGCCGAUGGCCGCAUCCCGGCCGCUAUAGCAACCGAGGUUCUGCGCACCGCGGCAGCUCUGGUCGACAUUAUCUUGAAGCCCUCUCCUCCGUACGCUACACCCAUGAGCGCCACAGAGGGCGAGGAGGUGAUUGAGGCUCGGGCAGAGCAGGAGCCAGUACCGGGCAGGCAGCAGCUGCCCGGCGAGCCCGCCGCGGGCAGCCCGGCCGUGGCGGCGUUCGCGGCCGCGGUACUGGAGUGCUGCAGGGCGGCGGUGGUGGGCGCGGGGCCCUCGGUGGUGGCCGGGGGGUCCCCGUUGGGGGGCGCUGGCACGGACGCGGCCGACCCGAUGCGCUCGCUGUUCCUGAAGGAGGCUGCGCUGCUGUUCUUUGGUGGUUCUCUGCAUGGCCUGCUCAGACAACAGCAUGCAGCAGAGACGCCGUCUGAUGGCAGCGGAAGUUUCUCAGAGGCAUGCAGCGGCUUGCGUGAGGAGGAUGUGGCCUCAGCACUUGCACAUCCCCUGUACGACGUCCGUGCCACCACGCUCAAAGCUCUGCUCCGCCGCUUCUCAGCAGGUGGAGGCGUUCCUGGCUGGCUGGCAGAACUAUUGAGGGGCCACAUGACCCGGGAGACCCACCACAAGGCCACGCAGCGCGCUCUGCAGCUACUGACACUCCCCGUGGCGGAUGCCUGUGCACCCAGUAGCGCGGACAGCAAUGCGGGCGCUGGGGCGGAGCAGGCAUGGGCUGAAGUGCACGCUCUGCAGCGACGGCUGACCGAGGCACAGCAUCCACAGGUGCAGGAGAGGGCGCUGAGGGGCCUGGGAGCAGCCAUGCGCGGCCCCAUUGCUGCCCUCAGCCAAUGCCAACCACCUGUCGCCCACAUGGAGGCAGACUUGGCACGCCUCAGCAUCGCGCAGGACGGCGAGUCUGGGUGUGCAGCGCUGCUGCCAGGGCCGUGCACAGCGCUUGCGGAUUUCCUGGAAGCAUUAAAGAGCUUCAGCGCUGCGUCGCUGCCUAGCGAGAUGCGGCUGGCAGCUGUCACAGCGCUGCAGUCAUCUGCCUGCCUCACAGCUCUGCCCAGGCCUGCGGAGCAGGAGCCAUGCACAUCCACCCCAGGCCUGGUGAGGGAUGCGGCGGCGGCGGCGGCGGGCGAUGCGAUGGGGGCGGUGGCGGGCGUGCACUGCGCGGGGCUGCACGUGGAGCAGAUAGAGCGACAGGCGUUCCAGUUCCUGGGGCGCUGCUGCGGUCACCUGCCCGCCUUCCAGCGCCAGCUCAUGCACUGGGUCUACAGGCCGGAGGGGCGGGGGGCGCUGGAGAGGGAGUGGCAGCCGGGCGCGGUGCGCAAACUGUUUGACAAGGAGAUUGACAACCACCACGAGGAGCCCCUGCUUGCCGCGCAGCUGGCCGCCUGGCAGCUGCGAUCCCUCUGCUCCAGCCUGCAGGGGCCUGCUCUGGCCGCCUUCAGUGCCGCCCUCACGGCCUGGCUGCUGCAGGUCCUGCAGGAUCUGGAGGAGACGUGUGGCAGGCUGGCAGAGAUGCACGGCCGGGUCAGCUGGCCGGGCGGCCUGACGCACCACCAAGACGCAUUCGCGCCGCUGUCGCGCAUGCUUCUGGCGCCGUACGCGGCCGCGGCCCUCUUCAGCAGUGCUGCGGAUGAAGAAGAACAUAACUGGCUGCCUGCCGUGCAAAAAGGCAUGCAGCGCUGCGCGGAGCUUCUCACCCGGCAGCCGCUGCAGCCGCUGCUGGGAAACACCCUGUACCAGGUGUUGACAUCCCUGGAGGCGCAGUGUGGAAGGUCACUCGGAUCCGAAGCUGUCUGGAAAGAGCUUGGAGAUGCCAUGGACUCUGAAUUCUCUGUGCUGUUCUUGCUAGCUCCGCAUGUGCCAGCUGGUACAUUGCAGAAUCUUGAUCCCAUUGACUUUCUUACUUGAGAGAAACUUGCAGUCCUGGCAUAGUCCUAAUUGGUAGCAGUCCUGGUGGCGGACGUCAAAGUUCUUAGAGAAGCGUGAUGACAAUUGUAUUGAACAGACCGAGAACCAAGUGUUAUAAACUUGUGGAGCAUGCAGGAUCUGUAUCUUGUGGGAUUUGUGGAAAUGCCUUCAGAAGGUGCUAUCUGCAUUAAAUCCUUAAGGAGCGUUUUUGGAUAAUGCUGGCCUGCCAGAGACCAUUGUCAUUGCUAUCUGUGUAAUCCAUCAUUUGCAGCAGCACAUGGGAUAAUUGACUGUAACGCUUUGCACAGUG